UUUAACUUUCCAUUCGUACUGCCCCUGCUGUUGAUUAAGACUUAUCUACUGUUGGGCGUUAGUCAUUUAGAAGGGGGAAAAAAGAAGUUAUGGAACACAUAGCGCCACGUUCCAGUCAAGCGUUUUAGCAAAGGCUGCUAUUAUGAAAAGGAUUUUCUAAUAGGGGGAAUAAUGAUCUUCAGAUUCUGACCUCCUGGCACAGCAGUGAGAUUUAUCAGGAGGGGCAUGUGACUAGUUAAGACACACAGCCCCAGCUUGAAGGAAACAGCUGCUCAUUUCAUGCUUUAGCACUUGGCAGCUGGACAAGGAAGGGUGAUGUUUGUGUUGAAUACCUCUGCAGAACCAAGUACAGUUGUCCUGGAAGCCCAGAUAAGAACGCAACCAACAGUAAAAUGAAAAAACUGUGCAGCUGAAGAACUGAAGAAGCAUUUUUCUACUUGGUGAAAAUGCCUCUUAUUUUUUGACAACGAUUAAAGAACAAUGGGGUCAAACACACUUGGGAAGGCUGCAACAUUAGAUGAGCUUUUGAACGCUUGUAUUGAAAUGUUUGAUGACAGAGGAAAUCAAUGCUCCAGCCAUUUGCCGAGAAUCUUUCUUCUAAUGCAUCGCUGGUACCUGCCUUCCACAGAGCUGGCUGUCAAGCUUCUGUCUACAUAUAGAGAUGCCAGUGGGGAGAACUGCAAUGAAUUCAGACUAAAAAUCUGCUACUUCAUGAGAUACUGGAUUCUGGAAUUUCCUGCAGAAUUUAACUUGGAUCUCGGGCUGAUUCGUUUGACUGAAGAAUUUCGAGAAUUAGCCAGCCAGCUUGGCUAUGAGGAUCACAUCGAUCUCAUUGAUAUCUCCAGCAUACCUUCCUAUGACUGGAUGAGAAGAGUUACACAAAGGAAGAAGAUUUCUAAGAAAGGAAAAGCCUGCCUACUUUUUGAUCAUCUGGAGCCCAUUGAACUAGCUGAACAUCUCACUUUUCUGGAGCAUAAAUCUUUUAGGAGAAUUUCUUUCACAGACUACCAAAGCUAUGUGAUCCAUGGCUGCCUGGAGAACAAUCCUACUUUGGAGAGAUCUAUUGCUUUGUUUAAUGGUAUCUCCAAGUGGGUCCAGCUCAUGGUUCUCAGCAAGCCGACACCCCUGCAAAGGGCAGAAGUGAUCACAAAGUUUAUCAAUGUUGCACAGAAGCUCCUUCAUCUCCAGAACUUCAACACACUGAUGGCAGUUGUGGGAGGUCUUAGCCAUAGCUCUAUUUCUCGCCUGAAAGAGACUCAUUCUCAUCUGUCUUCGGAAGUCACAAAGGACUGGAAUGAAAUGACAGAGCUGGUCUCUUCCAAUGGAAACUACUGCAACUACCGCAAGGCUUUUGCUGACUGUGUUGGCUUCAAAAUUCCUAUUUUAGGAGUUCAUUUGAAAGACUUGAUUGCUGUCCAUGUCAUUUUUCCUGACUGGAUAGAUGAAAAUAAAGUAAACAUAGUGAAAAUGCAGCAGCUUUCCAUCACCUUGAACGAACUGGUUUCCCUGCAAACUGCUUCUCAUCACUUAGAGCCUAAUAUGGAUUUAAUUAACCUGCUAACACUGUCCCUGGACCUCUAUCACACAGAGGAUGACAUCUACAAGCUCUCACUGGUGCUAGAACCAAGGAACUCCAAAUCUCAGCCUACCUCCCCAACAACCCCAAGCAAACCAGUGGUGCCACUGGAGUGGGCAUCUGGAGUGGUACCUAAGCCUGACCCAACCGUCAUCAACAAGCACAUAAGAAAGUUAGUGGAUUCUGUCUUUAGAAACUAUGAUCACGACCAUGAUGGCUACAUUUCUCAGGAAGACUUUGAAAGUAUAGCUGCAAACUUCCCCUUUUUGGACUCUUUCUGUGUGUUGGACAAAGACCAAGAUGGACUCAUAAGCAAAGAAGAAAUGAUGGCUUAUUUUCUGAGAGCUAAAUCCCAGUUCCAGUGUAAAAUGGGACCUGGGUUUAUUCACAACUUCCAGGAGAUGACCUAUCUUAAGCCAACUUUCUGUGAACACUGCGCAGGUUUUCUGCUGAUCAAGGCUGGGGAAGAAGGAAUUCUGCCCAUUUCCACUGGAACUGCAGAAGCCUCAGAGAUGAGAGUCAGUGCUGAUUCAGAAGCCUGCAGGCAGGCUCUGCAGCUCCACUCCAGAAGAAAGAACAUUGGGAACUGGCCUGAGCCUAUUGUUUUGGGCUGCCUGCUGCCUUAGGAAGACGUCAUUGCAUUCGUGACACUUAGUUCAUGCUUGGAAGGCUUCCGUCGCCAAGUUGGGCUGAGGAGUGUCCUGCAAUGUCCUCUUUACCAGAUAUUUUUUUCCCUUAUCAGUUUGCUUGCUGGCUUUUUCCAUGUCGUCAUGAUUACAACUGGCACAGGAACAAAAAUAAGUAAGGGAUGGUGGAGGAAAUGGAAAUAAGGUCAUUUUUCCUGCCAGCUCACUGCAUUCACUAGCAUUGUCCUGUGGAUGAGCUGGGCUGAUAGGACAGGCACCAGCCCCUGUGUGUUUGUUGUGCAUUUCAGCACUGUCCAACCAACCAUGGGUGGAAACUGUUUUGAACUGAUGCAGUGAUUCACCAUCAAAAAAAUGUGAACUGACCGUGCAGCAGGAUGAAUGGAUGUGACAGCACACUGGCUGCAGUACCAGUCAAACAUCUAAUAUUAAAACAAGAUGAACUUUAAAGGUCAAGCUACAAUCUAAUGCCAUUCACAGAGUGAAAUCAAUACUCUCGCUACCAGUCUCAGUUCCGACCCACAGCUUGACUUGCACCCCACGUCAGGGUGAGUGAGCAGCCAUCCCCUCCAGCUUGGCCGUCCACAUUUGCACAGAUCCUCUUACCCUGGGCCUGGCUGAAGGCAGCUUUGUCAUAGAGCCGUGUCAGGUGAAUUCAAAGUUUUAGGUCAGGAUUCGUGUUACAUUAAGGAGAAAGCUCUCCAGAGGGAACAGAGCAGAGCUUUGACAACAGGAAAAGUAAUCCACACCCCAUUAAGUGGAUCUGGCAAAGAGCUGGGGAAAGCAUAGCCAGGGGUGGCUUUUCCAGGAGGGGCCAACCACAGCUCCACAUCUACAGCAUCUGCAGGAAAAGACCAGCUUGGUGGCCUUCUGCAAAGGAGGGAUGGCAGUAGUAGAUGAAGAGCAACUCACGUAAUCUACCUGGACUUCAGCAAGGCUUUUUAUAUGGUUCCACACAAUAUCCUUGUCUCUAAUUGGAAAAACGCAAGCAGUUCUGUCUUACACAAUAUGCAGGUUUUUUUUACUCUUUCUUUUGUGCUCCAUAUGGACUGUGGCUCUUCCUGUUGGCCAUUCUUUUACUCAGCACAUUUCUCCCACACACUGCAUACUUUCAUAGAGGAGCCACAUGCAGCUUCAACUGUCUAGUUGUGCUUACCCUCGCUAUUUAUGUUUUGAGGGAAUUCAGGAUAAAUAAACACUACAGUCUCUCAUCUUUUUCCUUUAGAACUGGACUAUACUCUCCUCCCUCUGCUGUUCAGAGUGAAAAUAUUUGUUUUUAUAAUGCCAUUGUUGUAGUUACCUUUCUUCUGAGUGUGCAGAUAACAGUUUGCAGGGGAUCUUUUUCUCUACUUCCAAGUUCACAUCACAGUGACAGCUUCCCAAAAGCAGAACACGCACAUGCUGCCAUGUGGAAGGCCAACAUUCAAUAAGGACAGCCUCUGGGAGGAGGCAAAGAGGAGUUCAGUGAAUUGUCUGUCUGUUUUGGGCUUCGACCAUUCUUACUGGAAGAAGUCAGGUGAAUGGAUCAGUCCAUGUUUGGGAACCAGCUCCAAAGCCACAGAGUGACUUUGUCCCCAGUGGUGUUUUUGUCUGCCAUGCUUGUAGAGUACAGGCCCAUUCAUGUGGCUGGAGACCAGAUGUGUCAUGGGAAUGAUCCCUCAGAUGGCUCAAAACAAGCCAGAAGCAGAAUGUGCUUUGCUGGAUUUGGUAAGCCUGAUAGGACAGUGAUUCUUUUACCCAUUCCUGGCAGUAUGCAUCAGCUGUGCCGCUGCUUCUCCAGUAGUCCCACUGCAGGCAGAAGUAAGGGGGAAGCCACACAAGGCUUAUCACAUUUAGAGGAGGAGGUCUGCCUGACAGGAAGGGUGUUAAGAGCAGUUGUAUCCUGUUUGUGCUUCUGUAGCCAUUGGUACUUCCUCAUUGUGACCUCGCUUUCCGUCCGGCUUUCUUUUCUGAUUCCUUGACCUUUUUUUUUUCUUUUUUUUUUUUUUGU